AGAGAGACUCUGAAAUCUCUCUCUCUCUCGCCAUGGGCGUGGCUUAAGCUCUCAUUACUCUCUCUCUCUCUCUCUCUCUCUCUACCUCGAACAUACCACAGCGACUGCGUCUCUGAAACUUUUGCUUUGUGUUUCGUACUCGCAUUCACAUAGCCCUAGAGAGAGAAAAUAAAAGUAUUCUCAGAGACUCUCUCUGUACUCUCUCUCUCUCUUGUUCUUGUUCUCUCUCCUCCAUGAUCGAUCACACUUUGCUUUUCCUCUCUCUCUCUCUCUCUCUCUCUCCAGCAGCCUUUUGACACUCUCGCAGCAGACAAUUAAAGAUAGCCCAAAUCAUUGAAACUCUCCCUCAACCCGAAUUCACUCCACUUCACUUCCCUUCCCUUCCCUUCACUCCCCUAUAUGACCCAUGGAUCCCUGUGACGGAUCCCACCGUACCCGCCACCACGAGAGGAGAGACAACCCCUCCUUCUCCUCCACCCUCCUCGACGCAAUCUACCGCUCCAUCGACGGCGAGUCUCCCCCAGAACACCCCAUGGUCUUCUACGCCGACGAUGCCACGAGGAUCAAGCAAGACGCCGCCGGCGUCCGGCGGGACUACCUGAUCGAGAAGUGGAUGGCGGUCGAGGAGGAGGAGGAGGAGAAGAAGAAGAAGAAGAAGGAAGCGAGCGACGAGAGAGAGGCAGUUCGCCGCAGUUCGUGGAGCCGCUCGAUGCCCUUGACGAAUUCCAGCUCGAGCUCCUCCGAUUCCAGCUCCAGAUCCGGAGGAGGGUUCUCGUCGUCCGAGUCGGAGUCCAGGUCGCGAUCCUCCGCUUCCUGUUACUCCGUGAGGAGGCCGAAGCCCAAGCCCAAGCCUGCUCCAAUCCGCACCAGCGCCUCCGACCGAACAGCCACCGCUUUCGAUCGCGGCCAACUCGACCCGAGAAAGAGUCAGCACGCGCAAUCUCAGAGGCCGAGCAAUAAUACGCACGAAGGGCUCGGCUUCGUGAAGACGAAGUCCAAGGCGCUGAAGAUCUACGCCGACCUCAAGAAGGCCAACAACAAGCUCAAGCAGCCGAUCUCCCCGGGCGCUCGCCUCGCCAGCUUCCUCAACUCGAUCUUCACCGUGGGGAGCCCCAAGAAGCCGAAGAUCGUCACGAGCUCUGUCGACGGAGACCAAUCGGCGUGCUCCUCGGCUUCCUCCUUCUCGCGGUCGUGCCUGAGCAACACGCCGUCGUCGCGAAGCAAGCCGAGCGUCGUCGGCGGCGGCCCCAAGCAACGGUCCGUGAGGUUCUAUCCCGAGAUCAGCGUCAUCGUCGACGACCCCGCCCGACAGAACAAGGACCCGAAGAUGGCGGCAAAGAUCUCGCCGGCGAAGGUGGAAUUCGACAAGCCCAUCUUCGGAGACGAGAGCCGGAGGAUCGCGGAGGCGGCGAGGGAGAUGCUGAGGAGCUAUCAGAAGAAGAAGGGGAGCUACGACAACGAAGAAGGAGACGAGGACGAGGACGAGGACGAUGCGGCGAGCUGUGCGAGUUCGGAUUUGUUCGAACUGGACAAUCUGUCGUCGAUUGGGUGUGAUCAGAUGAGGUAUAGAGAGGAAUUGCCGGUGUACGAAACCACUAAUCUAGACACUAAUCGAGCCAUCGCCAGUGGUUUAGUUCUGUAAUUCAUGCAAAAACCGAAAAAAAAAAUUAUAUAUAAAUUAAUGGUGUGGGGGGUUUACGUGAA